GCCUCGCUCAGUCGAUCGCUUGGCUUUGAUCGUGUCAGUUGGAAUUUAAUUAAAAGUCUUGAAAUAUUUCUUUAUAAAAUAAUUUGUCUUGUUUCUGUUUGUUGUGAAACAAAUUAAGCACGAAAUUUAUUUCCCAAACGUGAUAUAAAUUAGUAAAGUAACUGCAUUAUCGUGAAGAAAAAUCGUGAAACAAUCACAAAGUUUAAAAUAAUAUUUUUCGAAAGUAGUUCAUUUAUUGGAAGAGACGGAAAAAAGAGAAGAGAAAAAAUAGCAAUACGAAAGAAAAAGUUUGAAGGAAAAGCAAUAAUAGAAAAAAGAAGUAAAGUGAGAUAAAUAAAAACAGUGUUGCACUUUAAACAAGCUUUAAGAUUAGUUUUAGCGGUUAAUUUCUCAUUUUGAAGUUAAUUAAGAGCAAAAAUUAAUUGAACUUUUUUGCUAAACGAAGAUAAAUUAUGAUGCGGAUUUCAUAACACAAGCAGCAAAAAAUUAAAAUGAAACAUUUAAAUUAUCAACAAAUACGUGCCUUAAUCAAGAAAGACAUUUUAGUAAGACUAAGACAGCCAUGGAUGACAUUUAUCUCAAUUAUAUGGCCUUGCGCAAUGUUCCUAUCGCUUUAUAUCUUACGACUAAGGUUUAAACCUUAUCAAGUUGGCGAUUGUCAAUUUCCAACGAGACAACUUCCAGCGAAUGAUUUAUUGCCAUUUUUUCAGUCUUAUAUAUGCACAAUUGAGAAUCAAUGCAUGGAUGUCAAUAAAUAUGAAGAAGUAUCGAAUUGGAUGGAAGCUCCGGUCACACCGGUGCUUAACAUUGUCCAAACACUACUUAAUGAAAAAGAUUUAUACAAAGCUAUUAUAGACCUUCCUACUUCAAUGGAGUUCGUUUCUUUGGUAACAAAACUCGCAACCCAUCCAAAGUUCAAGUAUAUAGAAUCCAAUGCUGAUUAUAUUGUUAAGAACUUGCCAGAAAUAAGAAAAGCAAUGGGAAAUAAUUUCGAUGUCAAGCAAGUCUUCAGCAAUGACGGUAUAUUCUCAAAUCUAGGAAAAGUUCUGUGUGGAAAAUCGUUUCCAAGAAGCAAUAAUAUCCGCUAUGUCGACAACAUUUUGUAUACACCAGAUAUGAAUAAAGAUAGACCUGACAGUGAUGAACUAGAUGUUAUGCCAACACCUUAUUGCAAACAACUUUAUCUGGAUGUGACAAAUUCAAACAAUGGAAAGAUCACAUGGAAGAUUUUGAAGCCAAUUAUUCAAGGAAAGAUCAUUUAUGGUCCAGUGACUGACGAAACAAUGCAAAUUGUUUCCUAUGCGAAUAAAACCAUGGAUGAUAUGUUUAGAUUGCGUUCAUUCUUUCGUUCCAUUGAGACGAGCAUCAAUAUGCUGAAUACAAAUGAGAAAUUUCGUGCCAAGUUUGAUGGACUUUUGAAUCUAGCAAAAACGCCUUUUGUCAAAGCUAUUUUAGGCGAUUCCAUCGAUAUAGAGUCAAUUGAGAAUGUUUUAAUGAGCGUGAUUACUGAUAAGCAAGUUUUAGACAUCGUGAAAACAAUUGGAGACAUUUUCGAGUGCUAUAACGUUGAUCGAUUUAUUCCGGUUAACAGUGAAAAGGAACUGGAAGAUGUGGCUUAUGAAUUAGCAAAAAAGAAAUUAUUUUACGGUGCAUUUUAUUUUGAUACUGAAACUGUGACUAAUGAAGUGACUUAUAAGCUACGAAUGGAAGUUGACAACACACCAGUGACUAUAGAAAAUCGGAAUCGAUUUUGGUUCCCCGGACCAGAAGCUUCAUUUGAGCUUGAAAUGAGAUAUCAUCGAGGAUUUAUUGAACUACAAAAUGCCAUAGAAAUUGGAAUCAUUAAGGCUAAAAAGAAGAGACAAUUUGACGCCUUAAGAUCUAAGAUAUCGACUACCACACCUUUUGCACCAGACGAUUUACAAUUUAGCGAUGAAGAAGAUCUUUUAUUUGAUGAUUUCUAUGAAAAUAAUGAUACAAGCGUUCACCAUGAAACGUCGACAGCUGCUAGCACAGACGAAUUUGGCGAUCUUUCAUUCGAAGACUUUAAUGAAAACAAAAAUAAUGAAACGGAAUCAACAACGACAACAAAGAUUCCAACAUUCGACUUAGGAAAUCUUUUAUUCGCCUUAGGAAAUCCAAGUGCUGUAACUAAAUCACCAGAAGUAGCAGAUGAAUUUGAUGAAGAUUCCGAUUUCUGGAACUCUGAUGAUUUUGACAAUGACACGACAGUAUCCACAUCUAAAGUAAGAAGGAAGCGUCAGUUUGAUGGCAUUUUAGGAUUAUUUGGAUUAGGCAAUGGUGUUGCUAAGAAAUCAAAUCCAGAUGAACUUGAAUUUAAAGUUGAUGAAAUGAGGUUUUUUACAAAACAAUUUCCAUAUCCAAAAUACACACGUGAUGACUUCAAGAAGGGACUUUAUCUUGCACAAGCUAUUCAAAUGGCAUUUUUCUUUGCUCUUAUUAUUCUCGUUUCAUCAUCCGUAAGACAGAAGAUUUGGUUCAAAGAGAGUGGCAAUUUAUCGUUGAUGCGAACAAUGGGACUAUGUGAAUCGUCUGAAAUCGUUUCAUGGAUCAUUACAACAUUUGUCGAAUUGGCUAUUGUGUUUUUCCUCUGUCUUGUGAUUUUGUACACUGGAGGAAUUAUGCAAUACACUAGCAAGCUACUGAUCUACAUUUACUUGCUCAUUUUCGGUUUAUGUGUCAUAUCUUUCUGCUUCAUGGCAUCAACAUUCUUUUCAACAGCCAGCAUUGGAAGUGUUUCAACCGUCAUAUUAUUUUUAAUGACCUUCCUUCCGUACAUUAUUAUAAUAUCACUCGGUGCUGUUUUGAGCUCAUUUGGUAAAUUUAUUGCGAGUCUCUCGUUGUCAACAGCAUUCUGUUAUGCAUGGCUUUACAUAUUUAGAACGGAACUGCAAGAGAAAAGUUUGACAUUAUUUAAUGCAUUUAGUGAUGACAUAGAAGGCAAUGACUUGAGGUUUGGCAUGCUGAUGAUCAUUUUUGAUACGUUCCUGUAUGCUGCAAUUGGAUUCUUGAAUAAGAAGUUUUCAUCAAGCAGUAACAAAUUUUAUAAUGUUGAGAGAAAGAACAUUAGGAAGGAACUUGGUGCUGAAAUGAAAAAAGUUACAAAAAUUUAUGAUGGAUGUGAUCCAAAUAAGCCUGCCGUUGAAAGUGUUUCAAUUAAUUUCAAGAAAGAUCAAAUUCUGUGUUUACUUGGAAGAAAUGGUGCUGGAAAAUCGACUGUAAUUAAGCUUUUAACAGGUGAAAUUGAACCAUCUUUGGGAGAGAUCCAUUUGCCAUUAGAUUAUGACUUAAUUACUGGUUUUAAGAAUGAACAGGAACAAGUUGGAUUGUGUCCACAAGGUAAUAUUUUAAUACCCGAUUUGACAGCACGAGAGCAUUUAGAACUUUAUGCACGUAUAAAAUUAAGCAAAGAUCAUCGAAAAGAAGUUCGUCGUGUCAUGAAUAAUAUGAAAUUAGGAAAAUACAAGGAUUAUAAAGUAUCAGCACUAUCAGGUGGCUACAAACGUCGUUUAUGUAUCUCUAUUGCCUUCCUCGGAUCUCCAAAUCUUGUCAUUCUCGACGAACCAUGCUCAGCAGUUGAUGCGAGUGCAAGAAAAGUAAUUUGGGAUUUAAUUGAGACAUUACGUAAAAAUCGUGCAGUUGUCAUGUCAACACAUGACUUAGACGAGGCACAACAUUUGGGAGAUCAAAUAAUAAUGAUGAAAGAUGGACGAAUCGCAAUGGAAGCGACUACAAAAGACUUGCAUCACGAACUGACGAAGAAUUUCGCAAUUAAUGUUGAAUUAAAGGCAUCUAUUUCUACAGACAUGGAGACUAUUGAUGAAGUUCGGGGAGUCAUUAUGAGUCACUACAAGAAAGACGCUGAUGUGAUGGUCAAGGAUUGUUCGUUGACUGCAAUAUUGCCAUAUUUUGAUGAGGAAUCUAAGAAAGUGGAUUAUGGCGAUUUGUUCCGAGCACUUGAAAAACUACAAAUUGAUAAGAAGAUUGUAAACUUCAGUAUAACUAGUAAAACCCUUGAAAGUUAUUACAAAAGUAUCGAAAACGAUGCAGUUCCAAUGAUUAAUGGACAUUCCAAUGGAUAUAAUAAUAAUAACAAUAAUAAUAUGGAAACAAUCGACCUCAGAAAAACAAAAAAUGGACAACAAAAUGGAACCUUCAAAGGCAUGCAUGACAAUAGAGCACCAUUCCGUGACAUUGUUUCAAAUUUAUUUCUUAAAAGAUUCUUGCAUUUCCGACGAAAUUAUCGACUCCUUAUUUGCAUUAUGGUUCUACCUGUCAUUUUUGAAUUCAUUGCUAUGACAUUUAUGAUAAUUCGACCACCAGACGAUUACGAUAAUCAGGUUGAAUUCAAUAGAUCAAUGUAUCCAAAUUCAGUCGAAUUUUACUCAAAACAAAAUGCGGAUCCAUUUUCUGAACUUGUUUACGAAGAUUUCGAGGAUACAUGCUCAGUAAAUGAAAAUUGUGAUUUAUUUGAUUCCUCAAAAGAUUCAUACGAGUGGAUGAUUCGAACGCAUGAAGAAUAUACUCGAAGACGUUAUGGAGGUAUUUCCAUUAAUCAAUCAAGAUCUAUGGUUUGGUACAACAAUAAGGGAUAUCAUUCGAUGCCAUUGUAUUUGAACAUUCUUAGUUCCGCGAUUUUAAAGAAGGAAUUAAAUGAUUCAUCGUACAAUAUUCGUGCUAUUAAUCAUCCAUUGAAGUUGGGCGAAGAUGAGCUUAGUGUUUCUUCUAUACUACAACAAGUGGCUGAUGCCGGAAUAUCACUCAUCCUACUCGUGUCAUUCAGUUUAGUUAUCUCUGGUGCAUCAGUAUUCAUUGUGAAUGAAAGAAUUAGCGGUGAAAAGCUCCAACAACAGCUUUGUGGCGUGAGAUAUCAAAUCUAUUGGGGAGUUGCAUUUGUUUGGGAUUUUGUCAUUUAUUGUUUUGCAAUCUUCUGUGCCGUUAUUGUAUUUUACAUUUUCAACAUUCCAAUCUAUGUGGAAGGCGAUAAUCUCGGUGGAAUUAUUUUAUUAUUGUUUGCAUUUGGAUUUGCAAUGAUUCCAUAUGUUCAUUUGUUUGAGAAGCUUUUUAACGAAGCGAGUUUUGCAAAUAUGUCAAUAUUCUGUCUGAAUGUAAUAAUGGCAUUAACAACAGUCUCAAUAAUCAUAAUGUUUGACGUUCUAGCGGAAACGGAUGAACACGAGAGAAUGCGAAACUUUUUGAAUAGACUAUUUUUAAUUUUUCCACAACAUGCAUUGGCUGAUGGAUUGAUUGAGAUUUGUAGAAAUCAUAUUAUGUCAAAAAUAUUCAUUAGAUACUACAUCAAUACGUACAGAUCGCCAAUAACAAGUGACCUUCUCCGACCACAUUUGACUGCAUUAAUUGCACUCGGAAUCAUUUUCAUUGUACUUAAUUACAUUGUUGAAAGUGGCAUUAUCUGGACUUUAUUCAAAAAGCAACCAAAACAGUCGAGUACGGAGCUCAAAGUCAUAACAAUUCAAAAUACUUUGACAAAGGAUUUAGGAGUUUUAGGUAGAACAGUAGCAAAUGAAGCGGGAAAUGAUAAUAUACUAAAAGUUGAGAAUCUGUACAAAAGCUACAAUGGAAAUGAAUUUGCGGUCAAUAAUGUGUCCUUCAACGUGAAAAAAGGUGAAUGUUAUGGAUGUUUGGGAACGAAUGGAGCGGGCAAAUCAACUGUCUUUUCAAUUUUAUCGGGCGAGACGAAACGAUUUGCUGGAACUGUUCAAAUGGCAAGUGAUGUGGAUAAAUAUAGCAUUUCAUAUUGUCCACAAACGAAUGCUCUUGACCCGUUAUUGACUGUUGAGGAAGUUAUGCGAUUUUAUGGAAAGUUAAGGAACAUUAAGGAUCUAGACGGCUUGGUGGAAUCAGGACUUGACAAUUUUCACCUUAAACCAUACAGAAAUGUUCUAGUCAAGAAUUUAAGCGGUGGUAAUAGACGUAAAUUGAGCGUAGCAUGUUCAAGCUUUGGAAACUUAUCUUUGGUGCUGAUGGAUGAACCAGUGAGUGACAUGGAUCCAAUUACUAGAUAUUUAGUCUAUAAGACAAUCAAGGAACUUAAUGAUGAAAAUUGCUCAGUCAUUUUGACGUCACAUAGUAUUGCAGAAUUAGAGGAUGUGUGUCAUUCAAUAGGUAUUUUAGUAGAUGGAAAUAUGGUUGCAGCUGGAACGCCAGAAAAACUAAAGAAAGAAUUCGGAAAUAGAUAUGUCAUCACCAUUUUGAGUGAGAAGCCACUUGACUAUCAUUUUGAAACUGACCUCCGAAAGACUUUCCGUUCCAUGAAGAACACAGUUUGCCAUCAAUAUUCAGCACAAUUCUUAAUGCAAGUCCGAGACUUUGAGAAUGUCGACCAUUGUCAUAUAAAACUCAGCGAAUUAAUCGAUUUACUUAAUGCAUUCACAAAUGUUAAGGAUCUCAAAUAUACAAUUACAACAUGUAUGAUUGAUCAAGUAUAUGAAAGUAUCAUAAAGAGGGGAGUUUCGGGUAUUGAUAAUAACGGGUACGUGCAAAAUGAAUAUCAAGUAACGUAAUAUGGAUUAGAACUUAAUUAAUGUGUAAAUAAUAGCAUUUAUGGUUGUGCAAAAUAAUGUACUGUAAUUAAUUAAUU